UUCCUUCCAGUUCUAGCCUGAGAUAGCUUUGUGGUAUAUGCAGCAGCUCCAACAUGACAAGCUCAACUAAUCCUGCAACUCCCCGCUCUGGCGACUACAAGGGUGAGGCUGAUGAGAAGCAUGCGAAGAUUGAGGUCAAGCCGCUACGUCGUGAGGAUGUCCAUCAGGCUGCGCAAACCCUGUUCGAAGGAUCCGUUAAUGAUCCAAUGUAUAUAUACAUGCGCGAUACUCCCGAUGCAAGACCAACUCGUCUCUACAAUCGCAUCGAACAUAUCCAGUUCGGGCUCUUUGCGUCCAUGUGGACGCGCAAGAAGUGGGGAUAUGUAAUUGACCAUGGAAAAGCUGUCAUGGGAGCUCCACCUGCAGCAAAUGACACGUCCAAAAACAAGAAGAUCGACAAGCUUCUAGAUUUUAUCAACCGUCUCGUCGCUCGCAUACUCAACUACGUUGGAAAGUCCAAGUUGCAGCG